AUGCUAGUCACCACUGGGGACUGUACCCAAGCUGCAGCAUUGGUGGAAGGCUUGUCUCACUCUGAGUCUGCUAACUUGGUGAACACAGAGUGCACAAUCCCUGCCAAGACACGGCCUGCUGCAGAAAAUGCCCCACAAGAGCGAUGGGUGUGGAGACCUGCAGUUCAAGAACCUGAAAAUCUCAAUCGCUCAGGUUAUGAUGAAAGAAAAUAUGAUCUUCAGCCAUUUGCCACUCUGAACAAAGCCACUCUGAGCCUGCACGGGAAGUCAGUGGUUAAGUUGGGUGCACCAUCACUGCUGAAUGACUACUAUCUGGACCUGAGUCCACAAUCAGGAUGCCGAUAUCGUCAGUCGGUCUCGUCUCUGUGCUGGAGCACAGAUGGAAGAGCCCUCAGUAUCGCGACUAGACGAGGGGAGAUACAGGUAAAUGAGCUCAUAGAGUUGUGGGAUGUCGAACACAAGCAGAACAUGAGGUUUCUGCUGUCACACCUGAGUGUGGUGAGAGCUCUUUCCUGGAAACAGCAGUUACUUAGCAGUGGAUCUGUUCUUGGACAUAUCUGUCACCUUGACCCACGGGCUUUCACACCUCUGGUAGGUGCAGCCACCCAGAGGGAGGGGGUCUGCAGUCUGCAGUGGUCACCAGGAGGCAAAUGGCUGGCCAGCGGCUCCACAGAAGGCCUUCUCCACAUCUGGGAUGAUGACAUCAUGGGAACAAAAAUGUCAAGUCAGCCAAUAAUGACAGUGAAGCAGCCCAGUGCUGUCAAGGCAAUGGGGUGGUGCGCAUGGCAGGGAAACAUUAUUGCUACAGGAGGGGGAUGGAAAGAUGGUGAGCUGAGAAUCUGGGACACACAAUCAGCAUCUUGUGUUACUUCUGUCCAAACAAAUUCACAGAUAUGUUCUCUACAAUGGGCUGAAAAGAAGAGAUGUCUGGUUACAGGUCAUGGCCUACCUCAUCACAGAGUCACAUCUUGGGUGUGGGAGUUUCACUCUCUCAGCCCCAUUUACCAGUUCACAGGUCACUCGGAUCGAGUCCUUCACUUGACCUUAAACCCUGACAAUUCUCAGAUCUUCUCCACCGGUGCGGACCAGCGCUUUCACAUCUGGGAUUUGUAGUAACCAGCGUCAUGGAACCG